GCGGUAUGUACUCCUCUUUAUGUUCUCCUUUUGUUCCAGGUCAAACUGCUGCAGAGUAUCUGAAACAAGAGUAUUGCUUUGUAAAAUUGUGUAUUGCUUACGGAGCGUCAUAGCAGUCCAUGAGAAUCAGCCCAUUGACUAUGAAUUGUUCUUCUAUGCCCAGGUAAGGCAAGCAUAGCCCCAUAGCCGAAGCCCAUCAUAAUUAUCCAAUGCAAUUUAUAGCUUUUCCCAACUCGUUUUGAACUCGUACGUGCUUAGUUAACCGGCUAUUACUCACACUGUCGAACUAUUUCUGCUUAAUAUAGUCAAGAUUCGUCAAAUCCUGGCUCAAAACACUCCUCACAUACUACUCGAAAAUAAAUUCAUAUCGCUUUUACAGUCAUCAUGUAAGACUUCCACUUACCUAUGCCAAGUCCAAGCUCGAAUCAUCACCCAUGGGUUUCAGCACAACGAUUUUAUCGCCCCAAAACUCAUUACUGCGUGUUCUUUGCUCAAGCAAAUGAACUAUGCCCGCAAACUGUUCGAUGCAAUUCCAGAUCAAAAUGUAUUUCUAUGGAACGCCAUGCUUAAAGGAUAUGCAGACAAUAAUUCGCAUAGAGAGGUUGUGUUUCUUUUUAGAGAGUUUAAGAGAAGUGAUAUGGUUCCAAAUUGCUUUACUUUCCCAAUUAUCUUGAAAUCGUGCAUGGGAAUUGACAAUGCCUUGAUAGUAGGUGAACAAAUGCAUUGUGAUGUUAUCAAGAGUGGGUUUCAAUCGAACCCAUUUGUGGGUACCACAUUAAUUGACAUGUAUGCGGCUGGGAAAGUGAUUGGGGCAGCUUAUAGUGUGUUCAGGGGUAUGGUUGAAAGAAAUGUGGUCGCUUGGACUGCAAUGAUAAACAGUUUCUUUUCAUGUGGUGAUGUCACUUCUGCCCGGAGCCUUUUUGACUUGGCGCCUGAGCGUGAUACUGUGUUGUGGAAUACUAUGAUUUCAGGUUAUAUUGGGGUGGGGGACAUAGCAGGUGCAAGAGAGCUUUUUGAUAAGAUGCCUAAUCGUGAUGUGAUGAUGUGGAAUACCAUGUUGAAUGGUUAUGCAAAUGUUGGAGAUGUCGAGACAUGUGAGAGACUGUUUGAAAAUUUUCCUCAAAGAAAUGUUUUUUCGUGGAAUGGGUUGAUUGGAGGGUAUGCUCGUAGUAAGCGGUAUUUUGAAGUAUUGAAUGCUUUUAAAAGGAUGUUAACUGCUGGUGAUGUGGUUCCUAAUGAUGCAACACUAGUGACCGUCUUAUCUGCAUGUGCAAGAUUAGGAGCUCUUGAUUUGGGAAAGUGGAUACAUGUUUAUGCAGACAAUAUUGGAUAUAGGGGUAAUCUGUUUGUUGGAAAUGCAUUAGUGGACAUGUAUGCAAAAUGUGGAGUUGUAGAACAUGCAGUUGACAUGUUCAAGAGCAUGAAUGAAAAGGAUUUAAUUAGCUGGAAUACUAUAAUUCGUGGCUUAGCGAUGCAUGGAUUUGGAAAUGAUGCCUUAGUUCUGUUUCAGGAGAUGAAAAAUAUCAGGGAAAAGCCAGAUGCAAUCACCUUCUUGGGCGUCUUGUGUGCUUGCACUCAUAUGGGCUGUGUUGAAGAUGGCUUUAUGUAUUUCCGAUCGAUGGUUGAUGAUUAUUUGAUUGCUCCUGAGAUUGAGCAUUAUGGUUGUAUGGUUGAUCUACUAUCCCGGGCUGGGCAUCUAGACCAGGCUUUUGACUUUGUGAGGAAGAUGCCCAUUGCACCUGAUGCUGUUAUAUGGGCUACCUUACUUGGGGCGUCUCGGGUUUACAAAAACGUUCAGUUGGCUGAACUGGCACUUGAACAACUUAGUAGAUUUGAACCAAAGAACCCUACAAACUAUGUUGUGCUUUCAAACUUGUAUGGAGAUCUGGGAAGAUGGAAUGAUGUAGCUCGAUUAAAACUUGCAAUGAGAGACACUGGCUUCAAAAAGUUACCAGGUGUUAGCUUAAUCGAGGUCGAUGACAAUGUAGUUGAGUUUUAUUCAUUUGAUGAAAGGCAUCGUGAUAGUGAGAUACUCUAUGGAGCCUUGAUAGGAUUGACAAGAUUGUUGAGAUCAUAUGGAUAUGUACCAGAGCUAGUGGAGCUGGGGCACGGGCAGGGAUCCUGAAUAUAAAAGAGAUAUCAUCAUUCAUCAAUCAUAUGAGAAAGAGAAACAUAGCUGGAUUGUUCGCCCUCUCCAAAGUCAAGGAGUGUGUUUGGCUCUGCAAUUUUUUGCCUUUUUGUAAUAAAACUAGCAAAGAUCCUGCCGGUGACUUUGGAUUGCCUUCACUCCGUCCAAACCUCACUUAAUGAAAGUGGAGAACUUGGGCAUGUCUUUGGUUGAAAAACUCGAGAAUUUGACAACAUUUUUUUCCUUCUAGUGUUUAUUCGUAGAGAAUGAUGGAGACUAACAUGGUUAAAAGUUAACUAACAUUGAGAACUGCACUCUUCUUAGUUUGAUUUCGCCUUUUGUCUUA